UCUGAACAGCUCAGAUGCUGAAUCUCCUCUGUAUGCCAGUAUUGUACUUCAACAUUGUAUGGCCUUCCAUGACUGUCUUAGUAUGGCAAGAUUAGCCUGGGUGGCUUUUUUUUUCCUAUUGAAAACAUAAUCCAAAAUAGUAUAUGGUUCAAAAUGAUAUCCUGACAGUAGUAGUGUCAGGAUUACACUACUUUAAGUAGUGUAAGUUCCCAUCUUCUGUAAUUUUGGGGGUUUGAGGGAAACAUUUAAUAGUACUGUCUAUAGACCAAGACUUUGCUUCCUCUUUGUUAAAAGUUACUUAAGUCUAAACAUAGAAAGUUGAACUUUGUUUCCCAUAAGACACUGAGACAUAACCAUAGAAUCGGGGACUAAAGAGGAUCUAUCUUUUUUAGGAUGCUAACAAUUUCUUGUAAUCUCUGGGACUUCAUUCUAAUAUUGCUGUUUGGCCUUCUGAAAUCCUGUUAAGGAGAGAUGCUGAAUCUUGAAGGAAGGCGCCUGUACUCAUGUCACAGGUGAAGCACUAUAAUCCAGUGGAACUCUCGGCAUCCAGGAAGUCCAGGAGAGAAGCAAAAAGCUCAGAGAUAUUGACUAACCUGGAAGCUGGAACAUCAUUGGAACUUUGCUUUUCUUAUCCACAUUAAUUUUUUUCAAGCAUCAAGUGGAACUUUUUCAUCUUACUCUGCUUACUGAGAAGAACAUGGCUUCAAGGAUUUUAACUUUCCCUUUAGUUUUGCAUGAACUCUAUAGGGAACGGAGCCCUUAAAAGGUUUGAGAAGAAGAAGAGAUUGAAGACAGACAAGCUUGCUGUCUCUGUUUUCUCUCCUCCUUCAAAGAAAAGGAUUUACAACUGGACUGUGUAACAGCUGUUGUCCAGCCUUGGCCAUCAAGAGAGAAAUAAAUAAAAUUAACUACUGUUGCCAGACUACAAGCACUGGUGAAGAUAAGGUGUGAGAGACUGCCUAAAAGGAGCAAGGACUGCAGUAAAAACAGCUUCUCUUUAAAGCUAGAAGGAGCUCCAGGUCCCUCCUUGGAUUAAAAUAGAAACACAGGGCACACCUCUUUUAGGUGCAGCUCUUAUUUUGUGGCAGUGUGGUAGCUGUGGAGGUACUAUUGUAUCUCCUCAGCAAAGAAGUUGUCCUUGCUUGAAGUUUUCUGCCCUACCCUGAUAUUCUUUCCUUUUGAAUACCUGCCUUCAUCCAUGAGCUAUAUCUUGGUCUGUCUGACUGUCCGUGUUAUCUACCUGCAACGAUUUGCAUGUGUUCAGCCUAUUGUUUGUCUUCAAUUCUUAAACUGUACAAGUUGUGUUUCUUAACCUCCCCUUCUGUUUUGUUCUGGGGCGGUGGUUUUUCAUCAUUUGAAAUCACCUUUCCCCCUCCCAUGUGCUUUCCUUCAUUUGAGAUCUUCUGACUUUCAGUUUUAUUUGGGAGGGGGAAGGGUGAUAAUUUAAAUUUCUCCGUUUUCCCUAGUUUCUUUCCUUUCUGUUGUUUCCCUCAUCCCAUUUUCUUGUCUGUUCUGCCUCUGUGGGUCUGGGCUAUGCGGCAGGGAAGAUCUCCCAUCAGAGCUCCAACAUGCCCUCAGAGUCUGCAAAGAGAUUCAAACCCAGCAAGUAUGUCCCGGUCUCAGCAGCCGCCAUCUUUUUAGUGGGAGCUACAACACUCUUCUUUGCCUUUACGUGUCCAGGACUGAGCCUGUAUGUGUCACCUGCAGUGCCCAUCUACAAUGCAAUUAUGUUUCUCUUUGUGUUGGCCAACUUCAGCAUGGCCACCUUUAUGGACCCAGGGAUUUUCCCUCGAGCUGAGGAGGAUGAAGACAAAGAAGAUGAUUUCCGUGCUCCUCUUUACAAAACAGUUGAGAUCAAAGGUAUCCAAGUGCGGAUGAAAUGGUGUGCCACCUGCCGUUUCUACCGCCCUCCGCGAUGUUCCCACUGCAGUGUCUGUGAUAACUGUGUGGAGGAAUUUGAUCAUCACUGCCCCUGGGUGAACAACUGUAUUGGUCGCCGGAACUACCGUUAUUUCUUCCUCUUCCUCCUUUCCCUGACAGCCCACAUUAUGGGUGUGUUUGGCUUUGGCCUCCUUUAUGUCCUCUACCACAUAGAGGAACUCUCAGGGGUCCGCACGGCUGUCACAAUGGCAGUGAUGUGUGUGGCUGGCUUAUUUUUCAUCCCAGUAGCUGGCCUCACCGGAUUUCAUGUGGUGCUGGUGGCCAGGGGACGCACAACUAAUGAACAGGUUACGGGUAAAUUCCGGGGAGGUGUGAACCCCUUCACCAAUGGCUGUUGUAACAAUGUGAGCCGUGUACUCUGCAGUUCUCCAGCACCUAGGUAUUUGGGAAGACCAAAGAAAGAGAAGACAAUUGUAAUCAGACCUCCUUUCCUUCGACCAGAAGUGUCGGAUGGGCAGAUAACUGUGAAGAUCAUGGAUAAUGGCAUCCAGGGAGAGCUGAGGAGAACUAAGUCUAAGGGAAGCCUGGAGAUAACAGAAAGCCAGUCUGCAGAUGCAGAACCUCCACCUCCUCCUAAGCCAGACCUGAGCCGUUACACAGGGCUGCGAACACACCUCAGCCUGGCUACUAAUGAGGAUAGCAGCCUCUUGGGCAAGGACAGCCCCCCCACACCUACCAUGUACAAAUACCGGCCAGGAUACAGUAGUAGCAGCACAUCAGCCGCCAUGCCUCAUUCCUCCAGCGCCAAGUUGAGUCGUGGGGACAGCUUAAAGGAACCAACCUCAAUUGCAGAAAGCAGCCGUCAUCCCAGCUACCGCUCAGAGCCCAGCUUGGAGCCAGAGAGCUUCCGUUCACCCACCUUUGGCAAAAGCUUUCACUUCGAUCCACUCUCCAGUGGCUCACGCUCAUCCAGUCUCAAGUCAGCCCAGGGUACAGGCUUUGAGCUGGGCCAGUUGCAGUCCAUUCGUUCAGAGGGUACCACCUCCACCUCCUAUAAAAGCCUGGCCAACCAGACACGCAAUGGAAGCCUCUCUUAUGACAGUUUACUCACUCCUUCAGACAGCCCUGAUUUUGAGUCAGUACAGGCAGGGCCUGAGCCAGAUCCACCUUUAGGCUACACUUCUCCCUUCCUGUCAGCCCGGCUGGCCCAGCAGCGGGAAGCUGAGAGGCACCCACGUUUGGUGCCAUCCGGCCCAGCACACCGAGAGCCCUCACCAGUCCGUUAUGACAAUCUGUCACGCCACAUUGUGGCCUCCCUCCAGGAACGAGAGAAGCUGCUACGUCAGUCACCCCCACUCACAGGACGUGAGGAAGAACCAGCUUUGGGGGACUCGGGGAUUCAGUCAACACCAGGCUCAGGCCAUGCCCCUCGUACUAGUUCCUCCUCAGAUGAUUCAAAGAGAUCACCCUUGGGCAAGACUCCACUGGGACGCCCAGCUGUACCCCGUUUUGGCAAACCGGAUGGGCUAAGGAGCCGCGGAUUAGGCUCCCCUGAACCAGGCCCAACUGCCUCAUACCUGGGCCGAUCGAUGUCUUACAGCAGCCAAAAAGCUCCACCUGGUGUCUCAGAGACAGAGGAAGUGGCCUUGCAGCCAUUACUGACACCCAAAGAUGAAGUACAGCUCAAGACCGCCUACAGCAAAUCCAAUGGGCAGCCCAAGAGUAUAGGCUCAGCCUCCUCUGGCCCAGGCCAGCCACCUCUGAGUAGCCCCACAAGGGGAGGAGUGAAGAAGGUGUCAGGGGUGGGAGGCACCACCUAUGAGAUUUCUGUGUGAGCCUUUGGCUCUCCUUCCCCAUGCCUCUGUUCCUACACCAAAGGGCCCCGGGUGGCCACCUUCCUUCCCUCAAGGGGCUCCCUCCCCUGCAUGGACAUUUUUUAAACCACCGAUUCCAAGAGGAUGCCACGGGGUCGGGGAGUUGGAGAUUGGGGCUCUGAGACCGGGGUAGCAACCCCUAUUACCUUUUAAGACCUUCCCUUCCCUUAUUAAUCCCUGGACCAGACUCAGUGGACAUUUGUGCAAUUGCUCGCUCUGGAGGGUACCAGAUCAUUUUUAAACCAGAAAUAAUUUUUUUUAUUAUUGUUACGGAUUCUAUUUUUUUCCUCUUCUGCGUUACCAGGUGUGUGUGUGUACAUAUACAUAUAUAUACAUAUAUAUGUAUGUAUAUAAUAAAUAUCAAAGAAAUUAUAUAUCUAUCUUGGGAUGGGAUAUAUAGAUGAGGGAUAUAUGUAUGUAUGUAUAUACACAGGCACACACACACAUACACAUAUGCACACACGCACAAAAGGAGGGGGAAUUUUGCUCUUCCUUUUCCUCAGACCAGCAGGAAAUAAGGGAGAGACAUUGAAGUCUUCCUUUUUUCCCAUGGUUCCUUCUUUCGUCCCAGUAACCAACUAAGGAAAUAGCACCUCCUGUUGGUGCUAAUGAUUGAGGAAGAAACCUGGGAAGCAGUGAGUCUGGGGUCUUGAUCAGAUGUGGGAAGCACUUGGAGAGGAGGGUUGGUUUUCUAGGCUUACAGGCAUCUAGUUUCCCCAGGAAAGGGGUUGCAGCUCUGUGGCAGGUGGAGGUGGUGGGGAUCAGGAAGAGAGCUUGGCCUAGUUUAAGAAGUAAUAUUGGAUAAUCCUCCAUUCUUGGGGGGAAAAGAUUAGGGUGGGCUUCUUCAGUGAGCCCCUCAAAGCUUUCCUGUGGCUUACAUUGUUAGCAUGAUUUUAAAAUCCAAGGCCAGGAGAGAAGAAUAAAAAAAAAAAGCAAUAUUUUUCAUCAUAUGCCAAAAAUGGGAUAGAGAGAAGGAGUGGCAAGCCUAGGCCCCUCCGAUUGUCCCUUGGGGGUUACCCCUCAGCCCACCUAAGUAUGGUGCUGGGUAGAGGGGGUACCUGGGUUCUAACCUCUAAGUAAGGGAAGACCCCAGCCUCUAUACAGAGGCCCUUUAUUUUUUAUUCUGAUUAGCCAUUUUAAACCAACAAGGAAUAAAAAGAAAUCCUGAUCUAAUCA